AUGAAUUCAGAAGUAACUAUAGAAGAAGUAAAAGAGGAGACAAUGUAUGAAUGUGACAUUUGCAAUCAAUCAUUUGCAGAAUCACAUCAGUUAAAAGAGCACUUGGUUGAUCACAAGCCUAGCCAAAGCAAAGUAAGCCCUUUCGAGUGUGAAAUCUGUCAUAAGACUUACGAACGAUUAUGCCAUCUAAAAAGACACAUUCGCAUUCACAGCGCUAAGCCCCAUGAAUGCAAUAUAUGCAAUAAGACAUUCAAAGUAUUAGGUACUCUAAAAAGGCACAUGCACGUUCAUAGUGGUGAGAGCCCCCAUAAAUGCAGUAUAUGCCAUAGGACUUUCACAGAAUCAAGUAGUUUAAAACGUCACAUGUUGAUUCACAUAGGAGAACGCCCUCAUGAAUGCAGUACAUGCAAAAAGACAUUCUCCGAUCUAAGUAAUCUGAAAAGUCAUAUGCUCAUUCACAGCGGUUUGCGCCCCCAUCAAUGCAACAUAUGCAAUAAAGCAUUCACACAAUUAAAUCAUCUGAAAAAUCACAUGCUGGUGCACAGUGGAGUGCGCUCCCAUGAAUGCAAGAUAUGCAAUAAGAAAUAUGGACGAUUAGAACAUCUCAAGAGCCAUAUGCUCAUUCAUAUUGGUGAUCGGCCCCACGAAUGCAACAUAUGCAAUAAGACAUUCACGCAUUUAAGUAACCUGACACGUCAUAUGGUCAUUCACAGUAAGGAGCGCCCCUAUGAAUGCAGUAUAUGCAAUAAGACAUUCGCAUUCUCAAGUAAUCUAGCACGUCACAGUAAGGAACACCCCUAUGAAUGCAGUAUAUGCAAUAAGAAAUUUAUUCAAUCAUCCGAUUUGAAGAGGCACAUGGAACUUCAUUGUCGGCAGGGUGAUGAAAAUCAAUGA